GAAGGACAAAAAGCAUGUUUUUCAUGUACCCACUCCUCUUCUAUGAACUAUAAAGCACAAAAUUCACAAAAAUGUGAGUCUCUCCAAAAACACUCUUCAUCAUAUAAUAUCAUAGACAGUGCAAUGAAACUGAUUAUUAUAAAGCCAACCCUCCCACCACUCUCAAUCAUUUCAAAACCAUUCCCUCCACAAUCUCACUAGCUCUCCCUUUAUACUUCCUUUCUCUCAUAGUUCUCUUCCAAUAAAACAUCUUACACACUUUUGACAUAACUUCCAAAUAGAACUUUCACACCACAUAACAGAAGCUUUCAAGUUUCAACCAUGUCCAUUACAGGACUCUCAGAAACAUCUAAACUUAGCAAGAAAUCGUUUCAUUGCAGAAACGAUUCUGACGAGCUUGAUGUGUUUGAGGCAUCAAGGUAUUUCUCGGGAUACAAUGAAGUUGUGGGCUAUAAUGGUGCAACUUAUACACAAAAAGUCAUGAGAGAAGAUCAUAGACAUCCUUGGAGAGGAGGAAGAAUGAGUUUAGACGUACCGAUGAGAAAUCCACUACCUCAGCAGUCUCUCACAGUGGAAAAGCAAAUACUGAAAGAGAAGAAAUGUAAGCAACCAAACUCUCCAGGUGGUAGACUAGCUAGCUUCUUGAAUUCUCUCUUCAACCAAACCAGCUCUAAAAAGAAGAAAUCAAAGUCUGCCACACAAUCAAUGAAAGAUGAGGAUGAAAGCCCCAGUGGAAGAAGGAAAAUGAGGAGCAGCAUUAGUCAUUUUCGAAGCUCAAGCACUUCUGAUACAAAAUCUUUGUGUUCUGGCUUUGGAACACCCCCUCCUUAUGGACACACUCCUACAAAGAGCCGCAAGGACUUUAGAAGCUAUUCAGAUCACAAACAAGUACUUUCCUUGUCAAAACACAAUGAAAAUGUGAAAGCUAUAACCAUUCACAAUGAGGUAUUGCACGAGAAAAGGAACACAGAUUUAUCAUGGUUGGAUGAGAAACUUAAAUACAGUGAUGGAUUUUCUGACAAAACCAAGAGCCUUGGUCAUCAAUAUUUAGAGAAAGAUAGGAAGUGGGUUGAUCAGUAUCCGCCAGAAAGGAAGGAAUUUAGAAAGUUCGAUGAGGUAGAUGAUGGGGCUGAGAGUGAUUCAAGUUCUGAUUUGUUUGAGUUGCAAAACUAUGACUUGGGCAUCUAUUCAAGUGGUCUGCCUGUGUAUGAGACAACACAUAUGGAUAGCAUCAAAAGGGGAGCACCAAUUUCCAAUGGCACCCUCUGAGAAUAUACAUUUUCCGUUGUUGAUGUGUUCUUUGUUGUUGUUACUAUUAGAAGCUGUGAGAAGAACAUUGAUGUCCUAGAUUUUGCAAUAUUUUACUAUGGCUAUCUGCUUUCCAUGCUACUUCUCUAUAUGUACAGUAUGUAAUGUUUAUGUAAUGUUUCUUUGUCUUUCCUUUUUCUCUACUUUUUGGUUUUUGGGGCUAGAUUGCAAGAACAGUAAAAGUCUACCAUUGGAUUGUCUUGCUUAGAUUGUGGCAUGAUUAUUGAUUUUUCCACUAAAUUGAUAGAGAUGCAAAAGCAUUAUCAACCCAUGUGGAUUACAUCUUUUGAUCUUUUGACCUUGUACAAGAAGCAAUAAUAGAUUGCACUUAAA